AUGGAGUCGACGCCCGGACAGCUUCGAGACGCGGGACGAGACGCCAGCUCACCCCCCAGUUCAAAGCAGGACGCACAGAGCUUCUCCAGCUCGAGCUCCCUCAGACCCAACCAAGUGAGCGAGACCUCCCUGUACGGGGUGCCCAUCGUAUGUCUGGUCAUAGACGGGAAGGAGAGGCUGUGCUUGGCGCAGAUUUCUAACACCCUGUUGAAGAACUACAGCUACAACGAGAUCCACAACCGCAGGGUCGCUUUGGGCAUCACCUGUGUGCAGUGCACCCCCGUGCAGCUAGAACUCCUGCGGCGUGCGGGGGCCAUGCCUAUCUCCUCCAGGCGCUGCGGCAUGAUAACCAAGCGGGAGGCCGAGAGGCUCUGCAAGUCCUUCCUGGGAGCGCACAGCCCCCCGAAGCUUCCGGAGAAUUUUGCAUUUGAUGUUACUCAUGAGUGCGCGUGGGGCUGCAGAGGCAGUUUUAUCCCCGCCAGAUACAAUAGCUCCAGAGCGAAGUGCAUCAAGUGCAGCUUCUGCAACAUGUAUUUCUCCCCAAAUAAAUUCAUCUUCCACUCCCACCGCACCACAGAGUCCAAAUACCUGCAGCCUGACGCGGCCAACUUCAACUCGUGGAGACGCCACCUGAAACUGACGGACAAAAAGGCUGAAGACGUUAACCACGCGUGGGAGGAUGUAAAGGCCAUGUUCAAUGGAGGGAGCAGAAAGAGGACUCUGCCAAUGAGUGGCUCGGGAAUGUCCUCUUCAAUGAAAUCUCAGGCCUCGUCCAGCCUGGCCCAAAGAAGCUCCCCUGAGGUCCCACACAAAAGUUUACGCUGCGACGACGAUCAGGGGAGCAAUAACCUGAGUUUGACGAGCGGCGCGCGGACCUACCCGGUCAUCCCUGUGCCCAGCAAGAGCUUUGGCAUGCUCCAGAAAAUCCCCCCACCUCUGUUCCCCCACCACCCCUAUGGCUUCCCGAGCUACGGCCUGUGUCAGAAGAAGAGCGACGGAGUGUCUGACGCGAGCAAAACCAACGUGUCUGGUGUGUUUUGGCCCGGCGCAAAGGACACCCUCUACCCUGCGUUCCCCAUGUUCUGGCCUACAGCUGGAGGCCUCCCCUUGCCACCUUACCCGGGAUCUCCACCCAAACCUCCCCCAGAGCUGCCAGGCGUCCGACAGAGCGAGCUCGACUUAUCUGACCAAAGCGACCGGGGCACACACAGACCCAAAGACACCAAUCUUCAGCCUCUCCAUCAACAGGACGGAGAGCGCUGCUCCAGUUCCCAGUCCUCCUCCACCCGGACUGACGAGGAUAAAUCCGGGGACGAGACCCACCAGAGGAAAAUCAGCUACAUUUCGGCCUUCAGACCUGUGGUCAAAGACGCGGAGACCAUCGCUAAACUUUACGGCAACCGGGAAGGCUAUGGCGCGCGUCCCUCUGGCUACCUGUCCCCGGAUUUUAUCAGCGAGAGCUCUAGUUACAGAUCCAUCUCCCCGGACAGAGAAAGUGUGGGUGAUGAAGACGAAGACCCGGACGUGGAUGUGGAGUCAAACCGAGGGCAAGACGAGGACGAGGCGAUUCAGAUCUCACCUGGAGGGGUGCACCGUCACUCCCCCGUGCUGGACAGGGUGUCAUCUGGUGCUGAGGAGAGUCAGGAGCAGCCUGACGCCUCCAGCCCCGGAGCAGCAGCAACAUCACCGGAGGACUCAGUUCACACCGGGUCAUCAGAGGAGGACAGACGGAUGCGUAAUGGCUCUCCUCUUCAUGAAGUGUACGCUCAUGGCAAAGACGGCCACGUGCUCCUCAACGAGCCUCCAUCGUUUGGGUCCAAACAAUCGAGCAGCCCCCGCAGAUCCAACGGUGUUCAUCAUCACACGUCUGAAACACAGAACCAGCGUAAUAUAACAUAUCAGGAGCAGAAGGACAGACAAGCCGAUGGAGCUUUACGCAUCGACAUCAGUGUGCACGAGAGAGAUCUGGAGAACAUGGCCAAAGAGGAAUUACAGAAGCAGCUUGUGGAACAAGUAGAGCUGAGGAAAAAGUUGGAGAGAGAAUUUCAGCAUUUAAAAGAUAAUUUUCAGGAUCAAAUGAAGCGUGAGCUGUCCUACAGAGAGGAAAUGGUCCAACAGUUGCAGAUUGUUCGAGCUCACGACGCCCUUCAUCAUUUCUCGUGUAAGAUGCUCACCCCUCGCCAGUGUACCGGAGCCUGCACCUUCAAACCCCCGCUGCUGCCCCCAUAGGGCCCGGCGUUGCCCUCACCCGACCCCAGCACAGCCAAAAAAUAGAAAAGAUUCACUCCACCACACACACACACACACACACACACACACACACACACACACACACACACACACAGGUCCUGUUAUUCAAGGAUCACCACCCUGCUGUAUAGACACACUUCUGAUUUUAGCACUUGAGUGAAAAUGUUGAGACUUGCAGAAGAUUUCAGCAGCGACCUCAUCUCCUGCAAAAAAAACAAAAAAAAAACAACCAACCUGAACUCUCAACUAAAAGAGAUCGGGAUUUUUUUUUAAAGUUCAGUUUUUGUUGUGAAUUUCGAGGAUUGUUGAUCUGGAGCUCAAACCAAGGAGUUCUCUGAAUGGAUCUAUAGCUACUCUGAAAGAAAAAAAAACACUAUAAACAUAUACAUACAUAUAUAUAUCACGUGACGAUGUGCAAUGGCUUGUAUAAUUGUGAUAUUCAGUUCAAAGUGCAUCUCAUAAUUAAGCUUUUGUUGCUUGUUUGAAACCCUUGAGUUUGCACAUGUCUUUCUUCCAUUAAAUUAUUGUUUAGAGCGUUUGUAACACUGUACAUGUUGUUAAGCACUUUAAAUGGGCAACUUUUUCUGAAUCUGAACAUGCCGUCCUAUACCAAAUUCAUUUCUUAAACUAUGAGGAUCUUUAUGUUUCAAAUAGAGCACAUUAUUACGAGCACUUACUUCAACAGCUGUACAGGUUUGACGUCUA